AGAGGAGGAUGAGGAUGCAGUGGGAAGGGGAUGUUGCAGAGGAGGCUGCACGGAGGCAAAAACAAACAGGAGGACACGCUGUGUGAUUCAGGUCUCAAGAUGUAGGAGCUGCACCAGAAGAGCCCUCAGUCAGUGUGUGUGUGUGAGCACCAUAGCACCAGGGGACUUGUGUUUCAAGGAUAGUGAAGGUGGAGAGGCGCAACCUGAGAAGUCCUCCCCUCCACCUCCACAGAGCAUGAGAGAUUAGUCCUUAUUCAGCCAGGAGCGAGAGAGAGCAUCACCCCGAGGAUCAGAUGUUGUCCACAGCUCAGCAGAUGCUGCAGGAUAGCCGCUCCAAGAUCGAGCUGAUCCGACUGCAGAUUAUCAAAGUCACCCAGGCUGGCAGCAGCAUCGGGGACGGUGGAGGAAACCCCAACGGCUCCACUCAUGGAGGCGUCUCUCCGGUCCUGCUAAGUGCUCUGGAUGCUCGUCUGGCAGAGCUGCAGCACUACAUGCAGAGGGAGACGGAUGUGUUGGUGCUGGCCAAAGACGUGGUGAAGCAGCUGGAGGGCAUCUCAUCGCUGGACCAGGAGGCGCUCGCUGAGGCUCAGUCCCGGGUGCAGGAGUCCUCCCAGAAGCUGGAUCUUCUGCGGCUGUCUCUGGAGAACUGCAUGAAGGAGAAGAGCCAGGAGCCUCAGCAGGAGCCUGCAGCGGGGGGAGACCCUGCAGAGGGACCCCCGUCCCCCCAACCAGACUCCAGACCUGAGUGUCCCCUGUCCACCUCGCCCUCCAUAUUCUCCAUCAGACCUGCCUCUUUAACUGGCAAACUUGAAGUCAGACUUUUUGGAUGUGAGGAUUUACUGAAACCUCGAACAAACCCGGAGCAGGAAAACCAUCCCAGUCCCACUGAGGACGGCUCACCUGCAGCUCACCGACAGGCUGUGGAGAUCAGCGCGGUGCUCAGGCUGGACACCAGAGUGGUGGGACGGACGCGCUGGGCCGCCGUCAGCAGGCUGACCUGGGAUCAGAGCUUCUGCAUCCAGCUGGAGCGGUCUCGGGAGCUGGAGGUGGCGGUUUUCUGGCGGGACCGGAGGGCGAUGUGCGCCGUCAAGUUCCUGCGGCUGGAGGAGAUGAUGGACAACCUGGACCAGGAGCAGGAGUUCAGUCUGGAGCCGCAGGGACUCCUCUACGCCAAGCUUCAGUUCAUCGACACUGUUGUUGAGCGGCAGCCCAAACUGAGACGUCAGCGGUGCAUCUUCACUAAAGAGAGAGGGAAGAACUUCCUCCGAGCCGCCCAGAUGAACAUGAACUUUGCCACGUGGGGUCACCUGAUGAUGAGCAUCCUCCCUCGCUACAGCUCCUUCACCACGUUCAGCUCGCCGCUCUCCACGGCGCCCGACAUGGUGGCCAACAACUCCCCGCGUCCCACAGAGAAGGAGCCUCAGACCACCUCUCCACUGCCAAGCGAAGCUCCAGAAAUCAGGCUCAGCAUCAGCGAGGAUCAGCCGUCUCCCAACAGCCUCGACCAGGGAGACGACACGCCCAGCACCAUCACCACCGCCACGCACAACACCGCAUCUGUGCCUGCAGAGCAACACAAACUGUCGUCGAUAAACAACACAGAAGGAAGUGAAGAUCAGCCUGUAUCUGCUCUCAAGAUGCAGAUGGAGGAUUUCAAAUACAUCUCAGUUCUGGGCAGAGGACACUUUGGAAAGGUCCUGCUGGCAGAGUUUAAGAAGACAGGGAAACUGUACGCCAUCAAAGCCUUGAAGAAAAGAGACAUCGUGACUCGUGAUGAAGUCGACAGCCUUAUGAGCGAGAAGAGGAUCUUUGAGAUGAUCAACGCGUCCCGACAUCCGUUCCUGGUGAACCUGCACGGCUGCUUCCAGACCAGCGACCACGUCUGCUUCGUCAUGGAGUAUCUGCCCGGCGGCGACCUCAUGAUCCACAUCCACAACAACGUCUUCACCGAGGCCCAGACCAGGUUUUAUUCAGCCUGUGUCGUUCUGGGUUUAGAGUUCCUGCAUCUGAAUAAAAUCAUCUACCGAGAUCUGAAGCUGGACAACCUGUUAAUGGAUGCAGACGGAUUUGUGAAAAUCACAGACUUUGGACUUUGUAAAGAAGGGAUGGGUCAUGGAGAUAAGACCUCGACCUUCUGCGGGACUCCUGAGUUUUUGGCUCCUGAAGUCCUGACAGACGACAACUACAGCCGAGCGGUGGACUGGUGGGGGAUGGGCGUCCUCAUCUUCGAGAUGCUCGUUGGAGAGUCUCCGUUCCCAGGUGAGGAUGAGGAGGAGGUGUUUGACAGCAUCGUCAAUGACGACGUGCAGUAUCCAGGGUCUCUUCCUCCUGAUGCCGUCGCCAUCGUCCAGAAGCUGUUGAAGAAGAAUCCUCUGAAAAGACUCGGAGCCGGAGAGAGGGACGCAAACGAGCUCAAAGGAGAGAAAUUCUUCGAGACUAUCGACUGGGAAAACCUUCUGGCCAAGAAGUCAAAGCCGCCGUUCCUGCCGUCAAUCAAAGAGUCGAUGGACGUCGGAAACUUCGACAGCGAGUUCACUCGACUGCAGCCGAUCAUGUCGCCUCCCUCCAAACCGUUCAUCCUGUCGGCGGAGCAGCAGGAGGCCUUCGCCGACUUCGACUUCUGCGCCCUGCACGGGUGAAGGAAGAGCCGGAGAGACCAGGGUGGGAAAAUGAUCACAUUACGUUUGUCCACUUCAGAGGAUCAACCAGAGCUGAAGUCACCUUAACCGGCAGUCAAGACCAAGUCAAUAUUGGACCGCUUCAUAUUUAUCGUAUAGAAAAUACACAAAUGGUAUUAAUAUUUUUAUUCAAAGAAAGAAAAAAAAGGGUAUUUCCCAAAACUAUUCCAUAGUAUAUAUUUAUUUAUUAAGUUAGUUUGGUAGUUUCUUGGAAGAUUACAAGCUACAAAGGGACUUUUGAAAACUAAACCUCCUGGCCAAAUAUUCAUUUGACUAUUUGUAUUGAUCAACAGCCUGUGGAAGCCUAUUUCUGCCAGAUCAGUGACUCAGUAUCUCAAAAAUAAUGACAAACUUUCUCAAAAUAAAAAAUACUGGUAAGCAUCUUAAAAUAUUUACUUAGUAUCAAAAAUGAGAAACUUUCUCAAGAUAAUGACCAAGUAUCUCAAAAUAAAGAAUUAGCAUCUUAAAAUAUUUACUUAGAAUCAAAAAUAAUGAGAAACUUUUUCUCAAAAUAAUGAGAAACCUUCUGAAAAUGAGAAACUUUCUCAAAAUAAUGACCAAGUAUCUCAAAAUAAAGAAUUAGCAUCUUAAAAUAUUUACUUAAACUUUACUACUCAAAAAUAAUGAGAAACUUUUUCUCAAAAUAAUGAGAAACGUUCUCAAAAAAAGUAUAAAAUGAGAAACUUUUUAAAACAUAAUGAGAAACCUUCUGAAAAUAAUGAGAAACUUUCUCAAAAUAAUGAGAAACUUUCUCGAAAUAAGUAUAAAAUGAGAAACUUUCUAAAAAUAAUGAGAAACAUUCUAAAAAUAAUGAGAAACCUUCUGAAAAUGAGAAACUUUCUCAAAAUAAUGACCAAGUAUCUCAAAAUAAAGAAUUAGCAUCUUAAAAUAUUUACUUAGUAUAAAAAAUUUGAAACUUUCUCAAGAUAAUGACCAAGUAUCUAAAAAAUAAAGAAUUAGCAUCUUAAAAUAUUUACUUAGUAUCAAAAAUAAUGAGAAACUUUUUCUCAAAAUAAUGAGAAACUUUCUCAAAAUAAUGAGAAACCUUCUCAAAAUAAUGACCAAGUAUCUCAAAACAAAGAAUUAGUAUCUGAAAAUAUUUACAUACUAUUAAAAAUAAUGAGAAACUUUCUCAAAAUAAUGAGAAACUUUCUGAAAAGUUACCAACUUAAAAUUUCUCAUUAUGCUGGCUGUCAGGAUUUCGUUUUUCAUCUAAUUGGCAAGAAUGGGCAACUGUUACAGACCCCUCACUCUAUUCUCCAGAGCAGUAAACACCUCACAUUCUUACCCCUGAAAUAAAGUUUCCCACCCUGGUCUUGAUAGAAAAACCAAAAGAACCAACACCUCAGAUAUUUCUGCAGCUCAGUCAUUUUCAAACAGGAACUCUGCAUACGAACCCAUGGCUGAUUUCGCUGACUGUUCUCACCGACAUCCAAUCGACAGCCAGACGUCGACCAAACAAACCAGGCAGCAUCUUUUCUUUUCUUUUUUGACGGAGUAAAAGAACGUGAUUAUAACCCUUUAUAUAUUCUCUGUGGAGAGUCGAGCUUUGUUCUGACUGUUCCGGCAGUAAUACAACUCACCUGCUCCUGCUAUUCAGAGCUUAUUUAUGAGAUUUGGUCAGGUGAAAUGUUGUACGAACAGUUACAGGAUGCUUCAAGAGGUCAGAACAUAUAUAUUUGAAUUUCAAUACUCCAAUACUGGAUAAUUUGCUAUAUGCCAGUCAAAAUACAAAAGAAGUUCAUUUCAAAAAGCUCUGAUGAAGUAUUAAUUGUUCAGACUGUCAUGAAACGUUGUGAGUCAAUUAAUUUUC